AUGUCUGAAGCAUCGGGGGGGGACCCACACGUGCACGGGGCCCCUGGGGAACCGCUCUUUCAAGAGGAAGGCGGCGCACAGCAGCCGCUGCCACCUACGGUGCGCAGCCACCCCAUGUCUGUGUUCUUGACCCCUCAGUACCGCAACUUGACCUUGUUUGCAGCGCAGGCCGGAGAAGACGCACAGAGACAAGCCGAGGCCCUCCAGCAACUCAGGGCUCAAAGAGCAGUAGAAAAGUUUAUAAAUGAUGGCUGUAUCCUCAGGGCAGCGACCACAAGCGUUGGGGGCGGCCUACUGGGGAUUGUUCUCGGCGCCUUCUUCUUCACGAUGAAGCCUGUAGACGUUGAUAGCUCUUUGGGCCUGCGGGCGCAGCUGAGGCAGCAAUACAAAUCCUUCGUGCCAGAUGUCGCCGCGACAGCAAAAAACUUUGCAAAAAUCGGAGGCCUCUAUUCCUUGUCUGAGUGCAUAGUUGACAAGGCACGAGCAACCCACGACCUGCGUGGAGCCGUUUAUGGCGGUUGUUUGACAGGAGCCAUGUUGUCAAUCAGAGGAGGGCCUCGAGCAAUGUUUGUGGGUAGUCUGGGUUUUGGAGCCUUCGCAGCCGCCAUGGAGAUGCUCCAGCCACUCAUCGGAUUCGACAUCUGA